AAAAUGUACGAGUGUACGACUCGUAAACUUACUACAGUUGUAAUAGGUACUACACUUAACAUCUACUUUCGGACAUUUUGUGACGUCAGUGUGAAGUGUGUUGAUUUUCGUUUUCUGACGACGUUAUUGCCUUAUCGGACACUGAAAUUCGAAUUAAUAACUUUAUUUCUGAAAAUACAUUUUUGAAACGUACUUAUUACUUCCGACGAUAUAACAGUCAAUGUACAAUAAUCAUCAUUCACGAAUCACUAUAGAUAACUAAUAUAAUUAAAUUUAUAUUUCACCAAGUCAAUUAUACCUGUAUAUCUACCGAGAUCAUCGUAGAGUUUCGGUGAAAUCGCUAUAACCGUUGAUUCGAAUGCUGUACUUCACUCAUUUGCUGGUGGUUAACCGUGCUGUUAUAAGCUCGGGUUUUCGUAUUUCGCGUAUCGCCAAAUAAUAAAUAUCACGUGCCCGUAUAAAUAACAUAUUGUACAUGAAUUAUAAUCAUCAUGCCUUGGUGUAUUAUAACUGGUUGUAGUAACAAUUUGAAAGCUACAAAACAACAUGACAAAGAUGUGUCAUAUCAUAUUUUUCCAAAAAAUCCACAACGACGUAAUGCUUGGAUGAACAAUAUUAAACAACCAUUUAAGUUUAAUGCAGAUACGUCUUACGUCUGUUCUAAACAUUUUGUUUCUGAUGACUUUGAAUGUAAUAGUUUAAAAGAACAAUUACUUAACAUUAAGGUUAAGAGACAACUGAAAAGAACUGCUAUUCCAUCUAUUAAUAUGCCUAAUACUUUAGAAGAAGAAAAAUUAACAAAUAAUGUUAAUGAUCCAGUUGCAUGUUUGACAUUUAAUAAUAGAUCUGAUGUGCAAAAAUGUUGUGCCGUUUCCAAUUGUAACAGUAUUAUGCAUAGUGAAUCAGAUGAAUCAAAUCAGAUGAGGAACAAUAAAAUUAUGUUUCAUAAAUUCCCAACUGAUACUGUAAUAUUAGAGAAAUGGUUAAAGUUCUGUAAUAAUUAUAAAACAAUUUCGCAUGAAUAUCAAAAUUUUCUAAUAUGUUCAGAGCAUUUCAACAAGGAUAAUUAUGAAAACAAAUAUACGAAUGAGUCAUCACAUCCAAUAAAAGUAUUAAAAAAAGAUGCAGUACCGACAUUAAAUGGUGGAAUUAAAAAUGUCGAAGAAGAUUUAUCAAAGUCAGAGCGUAAAAAAAUUGUGGAGAAAUUGUUAGCAGAUUAUGAUGAGCAUCAGAAAAAUGAAAAGAAUUAUUUGAAUGGCAUGGUAACAAAAUACCCCAGUUUUUUUUCUCCAAAAAUUAAUUCAAAUGCUAAACUUGGUGAUAAAUUGAAAUUGUUAAAGUCAAUGGAUAAUCCAAUAACCUAUCCUCCUUCUAAAAAAAAGAAAAUAUCUACAGCACCAAAGUUAGAUACAGAACUAGAAUCGCCAUUUAUUAAUAAAUUAACUCGAAAAGUGAAUCAAAAUAUUCAAGUAACACAUGUUAAAGGUGGAGUUAUGUUACAUGCUUUACCUAAAACAGCUAAUCAUGUUAAAAAUUCACAUUUGGAUAAAAUUGUUACUGAUGAAGAACAAGAAAUCAUCAUUGUCACAGAAGAUGAAGCUAGCCAUAUAGAUCUGUCUUCAUACGAGGAAGAAGUUAAAGGAAAUAACACUGAAGUAAUUAUAGUCACAGACGCAAAAGGAACCGAAAACGUUUUAAAGCAUGUAAAAAGUGUACCUAAAAAGAGUUUAAAUAAUAAAGUUAAUAGUGAUAAUAAGGGUGAAAAACUAUUGCAAAACAAUGGUAGUUUAUGCAUACCUUUGAAUAUAGGUAAAGGUUCAUUAAGCCAAGAUAAAGGUUGUCAAGUAAUAAUUCCAUGCCAAGGUUGUGAAAAUAGAAGUCUUAAAAUCAAUAAACUUUUAAGAGAAAGAACAAGAUUAUUAAAAGAUCUAAAUCAAAAUGGUACAUGGAAGGAUCCAGAUGAAAUAAAUACUUUGAAAAAAAUGAAUGGUGUUUUGUCCUUAUUAUUAAUGCAGUGUAUCGGCGAAAAAAAUGGUAAAAAGACUCAAUCUAUACGAGUAGAUUUAGUACAAGAUUCCAUUGAGAGAAUUGAUCGUGGAUGGUCAAUGCAAGACACAUCAGAAACAUUAAGUCAAGUCUUGAGUAAUAACGCUUAUGACGAAUUCGCAAGAGCAUUUGAAAUAAUUAAUGAAAUAUAAUGCAAGAUGUAAUUUGUUAUAGAUUGAUCUUAAACUUUCUUUUAAUUUAUGUUUAGUAUUUACUAGACUAUACUUCAUUAGUUGAUUGGUUUGCAUAGAUAAUCUUUAAAUUAUUUUUGAUCACAGGGUAAUAACAAUGUCAAUGUUAAUUAAUGCAAUUAAUUUCCUAUUAAAUGGGCUAUUUUACAUUACUGAAUUAAGCAGACUAAACUAAAAAAAAAGAGAGAAAGAUAGGAGUUUUAAAACUUUUACAUUUGUUGUUUAAAUUUGUUACAUUAUUUAUAAGUGUUUUAUGUGUUAUUGUAUUAAAUUAUAUUAUAAUAUUUAAUUUUAAUAAAAUUUGUUAUUAAUUGGCAAUUAAUGUAUGAAUAAAAGCUGUUGAAAACCA